AUGACGGAUAUCAACAAGCUUAUCAGCGAGGCGCAGAAUCUCAUGGACCGUGGGAACCAUGGCGGAGCCGUGCAGAAGCUCACGACCGCAGCGGGUAGCAAUCCGGAUCAGUCGCAGGUGUCCUCGAUCGAGAGCCUUAUUGGAAAGAUGACCAACCAUGUGAUGGGCAAUGCUAAUACCAGAGAUGGAGGAGGCGGCGGGAUUGCCAGCCAGCUAUUCUCGUCGCUGACAGCCAAUUCUCAGGGCUCGCCGCAGGCACAGCUCGGGAAGCUUGCGUUGUUGUCGAAAGUUUUCGGCGGGAACUCUGGCGGGGGCGGGUUUAACCUCGGAUCGGUGGCUUCGCUAUUCUCCGGAGGCAAUGGCUCUGGUGCCGCAGGUGCAGCCGGAGCGGGUCUCGGUGCCGCGGGACUAGCGUCGCUUGCCUCCAGCAUGUUCGGUGGUAACCAGGGUCAGCACCAUCAAGGCCAGCAGCAAGGCCAGCAGCAAGGUCAGCAGCAAGGCCAGCAGCAGUACCAACAGGGCGGUCCUGGGUAUAACUCUGGCGGCCAGCAGGGCGGCAAUUACGGGCAAGGUGGAAACUUCAACUUUUCCGGGCACUUUGAUCCAAACGCCAAUCAGUCCGGCUAUGGUAACCAAGGACAGGGUGGCUAUGGACAGCAGGGCCAGGGUGGCUACGGCCAGGGUCAGGGCGGUUAUAGUCAGCAGGGCCAAGGUGGUUAUGGCCAGCAGGGCCAAGGUGGUUAUGGCCAGCAGGGCCAAGGUGGUUAUGGCCAGCAGGGCCAGGGUGGCAACGGCCAUGGCCAGAAUCAAGGAGGUGGCAGCGGGAACGGUCUAGCAAACCUCGUGGGCAGCUUCUUCGGAAAAUAA